UUUGCAAUGACGCCAUUACGUUCAUUACGUAGCCUACGUAUGAUGCAGGGCUAGGACGUUUCAGGAAGAAGGGGGUGUUCCACAGCACAGCUGUCCUGUCGUAACGCUCCACUAUCCUGCUCAUGAGUGUUUUGCUGAUAGAGGCCUUCUAUGGAGGCUCACACAAGCAGCUCGUUGAUAUGCUUCAUGAGAAUAUUGAGGACUCCGCGGUCUACACCCUUCCAGCCAAGAAAUGGCACUGGCGGGCCAGAACUUCGGCACUGUACUUCAUGCAGAACAUUCCUGAAAGUCCCUCCUACAGGGUUCUGCUGGCUAGCUCAGUCCUCAACCUAGCUGAACUGGUGGCUCUUCGCCCUGACCUUGGUCGCCUGAGGAAAGUGCUCUACUUUCAUGAGAACCAGCUGAUAUAUCCUGUCAGGAAGGCCCAAGAAAGAGACUUUCAGUACGGCUACAACCAGGUCCUGUCAUGCUUGGUGGCCGAUUCAGUCUUGUUCAACUCCACCUUCAACAUGGAGUCCUUCUUGACCUCCAUGUCAUCCUUCUUCAAGGCCAUUCCAGACCACCGGCCCAAAGACCUGGACUGCCUCAUCCGGUCCAAGUGCCAAGUGCUCCACUUCCCCAUCCGAUUCCCCGAUGUCACAAGGUUCCUCCCAGAGCAUAAGCUUCGCCGCAGAGCCACAGGGUCACACAUGAGUUGUGCAACAGGAGUUCCUCAGGACAUAUCUUCUCAUGGCCAUUUGAGUGUGCCAGCAUCAAGCUCAUCAGAGGUGUCCUCUACCUCUGAAGAGGGGCCUGUGCCGAGUGAGCAGCAGGGUGCUGUGCUGACCCAGGAGCCCCAGAGGGUCACGGCGGAUCAGCAGCCCCCCUCCUGCCCACCUCAGGGCAGCCACACGGGGCCGCAGCCGCAGCCGCCCCUCCACAUCGUCUGGCCACACCGCUGGGAGCAUGAUAAAGACCCAGAGCUGUUCUUUAGGACCCUGCUGAAGCUCAAAGAGAGAGGACUGCGCUUUCAAGUCUCCGUCCUGGGGGAGACCUUCACCGACGUGCCCGAUAUCUUCACGGAGGCCAGGAGAGAUUUGGGAGACCGCGUUCUCCACUGGGGGUUCAUGCCCAGUAAAGAGGCCUACUUAGCAGUUCUGUGCAGCGCAGAUGUCGUCAUCUCCACAGCCAAGCAUGAGUUUUUUGGAGUGGCCAUGCUAGAGGCGGUCCAUUGUGGAUGCUAUCCACUCUGUCCAAAGGCUCUCGUUUAUCCAGAAAUUUUCCCUGCGGAGUAUCUCUACUCCACACCUGAGCAGCUCGGCAAAAGGCUGCAGGGAUUCUGUAAGAGACCCGAUGUAGUCCGCCGGCAUGCUGUAAAGGUGGACACAGGUCUGUAUUCCUGGGAGGCGCUCAGAGACAGGUUCAGGAGUGUGUUGUCUGCAGAAGGCCACUCCGUCACCGAGCAGGCCCAGGCCCGGGCUGGAGCUGAGGGGAGUUCAGCCAGGGGCUCGCCGUCACUGGAGCCCACAGGGGUGAGAUGAGAGAGACUGGUAGGGAGUGCCCCCAUGCCCCCCGUGCCUCCCUGGAGACCCCCUCCUUGCUAUCCGGGGGGGGGGGGGGGGGGGGGGGGGGACGCAUGCAUUGAGCGCCACCGCCAGGGUCGAAAAGACAGCCAUCCGCCAAACGCCCCCGCCCCCACCCUGCCGCCUUCACAUGCAGGAGACGUGUGGUUUGAACGUGUGGUUUGAAGAGAGGAGAGAUGGAGAGAGAGAAAGAGAGAAAAAGCUGGGGGAAAAAAAGAAAACCUGUAACCGCUUUCAUGUUUCCCAUAGGCGGUGCCACCUCAUAUUUCCGCUCAGAUCCGUUUUUAUCCUUUGUGCCGGAGCACUUCAGGCAGGAAUUCUGAUGUUUUUUCUCCCCCUCUUUUCCCUCUCUCUCUCUCUCUCUCUCUCUCUCUCUCUCUCUCUCUCUCUCUCUCUCUCUUUGUCGUUCCCACUCCGACAGAGUGGCAGCCAAGUUGUGGCUUUAUAAGCUGUGGGUUAGCUCUCCACCUGGGUUGCCAGGUUGUGGCAUAGUCCCCGGGGGACGGCUUCAGUAAGGUUGACAGGGGGACAGGAAUGCCUCCUGACCAACAUUGAGUCUAAAUACAGACCACUUGUUUACUCUGUGCAUGGGAUCGGGACUUUCUACAAUUAACUCAUAAAGGCACAAGUUUCACAAGUGUGCACAUGUAUUUAUUUAAACUCAGCGCUCAUUUGGACAAAAGUAUAUUCAAACUAUUCCUAUUGUUGAAAAGGCUGUUACUUUUACAAAUAAAUCCAGCAUGAUUCUAAUCCCUGUAUAGCUCUCUCUCUUUACUGAAAUAUAUGCUUUGAUCAACAAGUCGUCAAAUUAGCUUUGGCUUCUAAGAAGGCCUUGUACUGUUGUGUAUGUUACCCCUCCUCCUUUAGCUACAUAUUAAAUUUUCUCUGGUCGUCUGGCCUUUUAGCGUCUACAUCUUGACUCAUUGCAGGAUUGUAAGCACCAUUCUCUCAUAUUUUUUGAAUGACUGUAUACUUUCAUUAAAGCUAAGAAUAUGUCAUUUCA